UUUUUGAAAACUAGCCCUUCAAUUAAACAAUCCCCACAGUGGUGAAGUGAACGCUCGAAACUGACUCUUCUGCUGCCCCGCUCUUCCGCCGAUCACUAACUUCUCGAAUCGUCCUAGGGCUGUCCCAACUACUGCUCUCCCGGUGUUCAAACACGCCGCAGGUUUUGUAUAUUUUCGUGUACUGUAAGAUAUGGGAAGGAGGAUUUUGAACGACGCAUUAAGAUCUAUUGUCAAUGCUGAGAGGAGGGGAAACUCUAUGGUGGAACUCAAACCCAUUUCCACUGUCAUGGCUUCUUUUCUUAAAGUCAUGAAAGAUCAUGGGUAUAUCAAGGACUAUCAAGUUCACAAUCCACAAAGAGUCGGAAGGAUAACAGUUGAGCUGCAAGGUAGGAUCAAGGAUUGCAAGGCAAUCACCUACAGGCAGGACAUCAAGGCAAAGGAUAUUGAAGCUUACAGUUUACGAACACUUCCAACACGUCAGUGGGGUUAUGUUGUGAUUACUACUCCAGAAGGCAUCUUGGAUCAUGAAGAGGCAAUGAAAAGGAAUGUUGGGGGUCAGGUUCUUGGAUUCUUUCAUUAGAGAGCCUCCUAGUUUGGCUGUUCCUUGAUUUGUGAGUUUUUUUUUUUCUUUUUCAAAUGUUUCCCAUGUUGCAUUGGGAUCUUCUUAUGGCUUAGUUUUCUUAUUUGUGGCCUUUUGAUUUUGUAUUAUCAAGGCAGUGCUGUACACCUCUCUUUGAGUGUUGUUGCUCCCAUCAUGAAUGUAAGCAUAAUGUCAGUUUUGAACUUUCAGAAAAUGAAAAGAAAAACUUUAUACAAUAUCUUGCAGUCCUGAUGGAUGUGAAUGAGAGUUGAAAA